AUGUUGGAGAAGAUUAGCAAUAUCGAUGAUCUACUUGUUCUGAAAAGUGACUUGGUAAUCCUGGACUUGCAAGCUAUCUAUACGACCGUUCGGUCCUUGGAGUCUAAGGUGCUGCAGGUGUUGGAGAACCAUCCCAAUACGUUGGAUCGUCUACCGUCCAAUUGCCACGAGCUCGAGUCACACACACAGAACUCUUGGCCUGGUUUUGUUGACGAAGUAAACGGAGAUGCCACCAAACUGCCUUCUUCGCUACAGAAUGGCAACAACGAUCACCUGAAACAGAACGGUGGGAAUGGCACUUCCGGGGCUUCAAACGGAUUAGUGUCUGAGGCUCCACUAAACGGGGCAAGUAGCUCAAAGACUUCCUCCUCAGCACCAGCUCCGGCUGCAGUGGUGCCGUCUGUGUCUGUGUUCAUAGAAUUGGUUGAUAUUUUCCACAUGAACAUAUACCCUGGGUUCCGGGUAAUUCACCCAUCGCUAAGGCCUCAGCUCAUUGAGGACUACACCAUUCUGCUCUCCAAUGACCCCUAUGGCGCGGUAAUACCGCCUCAUCUACUCGGAAUUGUAUUGGUUGCAGUUCCGUUCAUGAAAAACCGUCUCGCGCAGCACGAAAUCGACCAUUAUCAGUCCCAUUGCCGCUCUACCAUCCUAACGAAAUGCAUUUCCAUCACGCUGAUUGAACAUCUCCAGGCCAUGGCCCUUUUAACGUUCGAUCUGUUUGGAAGGUCCAACGAUCCACUCACUUGGAGUUACAUUGCACUAAUAUCCGCCGCAGUCAUCCAUUUAGGCCUUACGAAAGAGCACGUUGAUAGCGACAAAAGUGAAGUUCCUCAAGAGACCCUGCCUGACGGUCCUCCCUCAAAAAAACCAAGGAUAAUUACCCCACAAAGCAUCACUUCACUAAGGAAAACAGUGACCCCUUUUGAGAGAGAAUGUGAGCGAAAUUUGUUCUGGGAGAUUUUCCUCUUGGACAGGCUCUCAAGCGUCUCAAAUUCGUUUCCUUGCAAAAUCGAUGAGACAGAAAUCGACCGACAGCUUCCUCUACGCGACGACUUGUGGACCAGACUGAUGAAAUGGGAGAAUGGUCGCAAGUUAAACGAACCGAAUGCAACAACGCCGCAACUCAAUGAAAUACAUGACUCAGCUGCCUAUUUGGUGGAGAUUGUCGCCAAGUUGGGCAAAAUCCACACAUUUCUCCGGAAACCAUUUGACAUCAGCGACGUCAAGCAGGUCUUAGCUUGGCAGAUGAAGUUUUCUGAAUUAAAUGCUGAGAUUCUGCUCUGGAAAAGCCAGUUGCCUGAUACUUACCAGAAGUUCUUCGACACACGACAAUUUGCCUUUGAAAAGGAGCUUACAGUGAAGGACAGCUUGUUGUUCUCCAUCUACCACAUGACAAUCAUAAGACUUCACUCCUCUAUCGGCUACCAGAACUUCGACUCGGACUAUAUUCUUUUUUCUAGUAUGUCCAGAUCCAAGUGUCUAGAGUCGGCUCAUAAUAUAGCAGCCUACUCCAUGAAAAUUCCUGUUUCGUCUGCCUACACUAAGAUAGAUCCAUUGGCCAUAUGUGGACCUUACUAUGGCUUCACGAUUUGGGUGGCCGCCCGGCUACUACUUGUCAAUGCUAUUCGGUCGGAGGAAGAGUUUUGCACAGAAUUGGAAGAACUUCUUCUGGCACUUUCUCACAUAGGCUCGCUAUGGAGGAGCUCAGCAAAGUAUAAGGAGAUUAUAGAUUUGCUCAAGAAGGAAGAGUCAGAGUACAGAGCCAAUGGCGAAAGUGUAUUCACAAUUUAUCCCUCUUUGGCUCUGGAUGAAAAAGAUGGAGGGUCUCUACUUUCUCUCCACCCAGAGAGCUCCCGCCUUCUUUCUGACAUGCGUUUCAAUGCCUAUAGUCUUGACGUAAUUUUAUCCAAAAAGAUCGAGCAGAACAAGAAGGACGGGAUUUCAAUUUCUCCACACAACCAAACAGACUUUUCGAACUUCUUCCAAUGGUUCCAAAUUCCAAUUAGUGAGCUCCAUGGUGUAUCGGCCAAUCCGUUCACAGACCUUUACCAGUCAUAG